GAUGGCGGCGUCAAGUGCGGCAGGCACUGGAGGUGGUGGCGGAGAGGCAGGUGGCAGGGGCGAGCCCGGCGGAGCGGAGGUCCGCCCCGCGUCAGGGCGAGACGGUCAUCCCGGAAGGCCAAGCCCAGUUUUCAUCCUUCUGUAAGCUGUCACCAUGACCCUGACAAAAGGUUCCUUCACCUACUCCAGUGGGGAGGAAUAUCGUGGCGAGUGGAAGGAGGGCCGCAGACAUGGUUUUGGUCAGCUGAUGUUUGCAGAUGGUGGCGCGUACCUGGGCCAUUUUGAGAAUGGGCUCUUUAAUGGCUUCGGGGUACUAACCUUCUCAGAUGGCUCGAGGUAUGAGGGGGAGUUUGCCCAGGGCAAGUUCAACGGCGUGGGAGUCUUCAUUCGACAUGACAACAUGACCUUUGAGGGGGAAUUUAAAAACGGCAGAGUGGAUGGUUUGGGCCUGCUGACUUUCCCCGAUGGUUCUCACGGAAUACCCCGCAACGAAGGUCUGUUCGAGAACAACAAGCUUUUGCGGCGCGAGAAGUGCUCGGCGGUGGUUCAGCGGGCCCAGAGCACCUCCAAGUCAGCCCGGAGCCUCACCGCCUGACGUGGCGCUGCGCCCAGCUGACAGCAACGCCCCACCACCCGCUGGGGGUGAACAAAAGAAUCCGAUGUGAGAGGAGAUGAGAAUGACCAUGGAGCAGAAGUCCCGGGAGGGGCCCCGUCACCUGCCAGGCAGGGCUUCGGUUACAGAAGGUCUGAGGCUCGGGCCGCUGGCCUUGCAGCAGUGGUACCCGGUGUGCCCUGCCCUUCUCUUGCUCGUUGGUACUCUCUGUCCCUAACACCGUGGGUCACCCGGUGCAGACCUGCUACUUCAUUUUCUGCCAAGUGAUACAGAGUCUCUUCCUUCCACCUCUAUUUGGGGCAGAUGAUCCCAGCCCCAGAUUAGGGCCAGUGCUCUGUGCUGCCCUGGAGAAAUAAGGAAAACGAUAGGAGUGGCUUAGACAGUACAGCGGUCCUGAGAAAGUCAAGGCCAGAGCUUUUCUGUAUGUUACCCCUGCAUUCGCUUCUGGUUGGCAUCAUGGCCCCAGGCCUUCCACUUUGUCUGACCAGACUGGUCCUCGUGUCUGCUUAUUGCCCCUGUGAAGGGUUCAGUGAAUGCUAUUUCCCUCUCCCUUGACUUUACAAACAGAUAAUUUGUGUUCCUC